AUGAGAUUCUGGACCAGCCAAUCAUCUCCUGCCGCAGGCAGUGAGUCUGGUGAAGGGGGAGAAAAUGUGAUGGGAUGUCUGAAAGAUAUGGCCUAAAUGGAGAAGAUGAUGUGAUUGCUUAAAUAUAGGUGUAGUAAGAGACAUCAUCAAAACAGCUGUUUUAUUCGACUAAAUUACAUUUUGUUUUGUUUCAGGGAGCUUGAGGAUAGAGUAGCCUUGCUGAACUCAGCAAUGAAAAAACCCAAGUAUGUUCAAAACAUUCACCUAAUCAUGCAAAUGUGGUAUUUGUAAAUGUAUAUAUUUUUAUUAAGUUAUUUUGUGACUUGUCCAUAGGUUGAGCACAACGACUGAGAGCCCUGUUGCUGUAGUGACAACACGCUCUAGGGAGGUGUAUUUCUAGGGAGGAGGAAAGUUCACACCCCAGAAAUUGGACGCCUUUAAAGGUGGCAGCAGUGCCCAGCAUGUGUGUGCAGGGGAGACCCACUUUGCUGUGGUUACCGUGGAGAAAGAGCUUUACACUUUGGCUGUGAGUACUAUGUUGUUCCUUUAAGUCCAAGGCAGAAAACACAUUUCAAGCACUUUAAAGUUGUUUUUGUGCCCUUUUGAUGUCAUGGUUUCAUUUUAGAGUGUCCAAGGUGGGGCCAAGAUGGUGGGCCAGUUGGGCCAUGGGGACCAGGCCUCGUACCGGCAGCCACGCAAGGUGGAGAGGCUGCAGGGAAAGGCCAUCCGUCAGGUCGCUUGUGGAGCUGAUUUCACUGCCUGUGUCAGUGGUGAGUGGUGUGUCUGUGUGGAGCACUACUUCUGUGCCAGUAGAAUAGGAUCUUUACAGUUGGAGGGCUCCAUUUUUGUCUUUUUACAACACAGAUAAACAAUUCAGACAGCAAUUUGCAACCUCAUGCCAUAAAUUAAGAUUUGGUCUAGUUUGACAACAUGCUGUUGAUGUGUUUAGUUUCAGAUGAGGACCAGAUGUACAUGUUUGGUUCUGACUACUAUGGCUGUAUAGGAGUGGAGAACGAGCAGGGCAGGGAGGUCCUAGAGCCCGUGCUGUUGGAGUUCUUUGAGGAGCGGCCUGUCAGGCAGGUGUCCUGUGGAGACAGCCAUGUGGUGGUGCGGACCCACAGGGGAGACAUCUACUCCUGGGGCUGUGGAGAGCAUGGUAUGUACCAGAGCAGUGUAUACUGAGCUACAGAGCAGUACUGUAUGUCUGAUGGAGCUAUGAUGAUGCAGAACAUAAUUAAUUUAUGAAGUUGGCCUUUUCCUCAGGGCGUCUUGGCCUGGACUGUGAGGAUGACUUUAACUCCCCCAUGCAAGUAAGAUCCUGCACUCUAGUUUUCAGCAGAGAGCUUGAACACAUAUAAUUUAAUUCUGCUCAUGGGGAAAGGGGCAAUGACGUCUCAAUUUUAUCGUCCAGACAAAUGAAUGAAAAUGUGUUUGAAUCCACCAUUUAAAUCGAUAGGAAGCAUAAUGUUGUGUAUCGUCUGGCAUUCACAGGUGGAGAUACCCAAAGGAGCCAUUAUCUCCUCUGUGUCCUGUGGCCUUGACGGAACCUUCUUCCUGACAGAAUCUGGCAAAGUCUUGGCCUGUGGGAACAACGAUCUGAACAAGCUGGGUCUAAACCUGGGAGUCUCUGGCCUCAAAAAUCUUCCUGGAGAGGUACAGCAUCACAUUCGACAUACUAGGAUCCACUCACAGGCUCUUCUCAUUGCUUUAAAAUAAGGAAUAACGCAAUUAAUGGUGGAGAAUUUAAGUUUUCCUCCUUCUCCAAUGUCAGGCCUACCAGGGGAUACCAUACACCACCACACUCACUCUGGUCAAGCAGCUGGCCAUGUAUAAGAUCCAAGUAAUUUCCGCUGGGAAGACCCACACUGCUGCCAUCGACGGUACAGUGACCAGACUCUCCUCUCUUUUUCUGAGCCCCCAAUUGAAGGAAAUAUAAUCUUAUAUCAAGACAUGGUUCUGACUGUACUCUGACCUUGCAGAGUGGGGGCGGCUGAUGACCUUUGGGUGCAACAAGUACGGUCAGCUUGGUGUGAAGGACUUCAAGAAGCACCAGGGCAUCCAGCUCUUGUUGGGGUCUUUUGGGGGGAAGGUGGUCAGCAAAGUGUCCUGCGGAGAUGGCUUCACCAUCGCAGCCACAGAGGGUCAGAAAAACAACUAAACUUGAACAUUCUCUGUUGUAUCAUGUUGUUGAAUAUGCUGUUUAAUGUGUAUGUUCAACUUAGAGUUGUGGUGCUUGUUUUUUUCUUCGCUUUAUUCUGUUAGCUGGGAGUCCUCUGCUCUGACCUACAUAACUAGGACUCAAAAUAAUGGAGAAUACCGGUAGUACUGGUAGAUUCCCUGUUUAGGUGCUGGAAGGAUAUAGGCUAAUUGUCUGUGGAUCAAUAGAUUAUUUCUCUCUCAUCCUUUCAGACAAUCAGAUCUUUGCCUGGGGAAACGCAGGAAACGGACGCCUGGGAAUGCCCGCUGAUAAGGGGUUCGGCACGAUUUGCCCUGCUUUACCACAACCCAUUUUCGGCUCCCUCCACCAUGUGCCAGACCUCUCCUGUCGCGGCUGGCACACCAUUCUAAUCAUAGGUUAGCCACUAGCCACUUACCUCUGUUCUAACACCAUCUAAUCAUUUCUUGAAAAAUUCAGUUGAGAUUGAUUGAUUCUGUUCCCUGUUUACAGAAAAGGUUCUCAACUCUAAAUCCGCUCAAACAGCAGUGGACUUUCAAUGGCCAUGGGCUCUCUGGUUACUUUAUCAUUAAAUUCACAAUCUGAACAGGUCAAUAGUUUUAUACCAGUGUGGUACUGUACUGACCACAUGGUGUGUCCUGGUGUUUGUCGGUUCACGCUGGGCCAGGCGUCUCCCUCCACUGUGGAUCUGGAGAGUGAGCCAGGCUCAGAGACAGGGCUACGUGAAGGGCGAUUUGGGGGCACUAAGGAGGCCGACACAGACGAGCGGCACAUCGAGACCUCCAUGAUGUCUCUGACGGACCAGACUGGCGACAGCUCUUGCACCUUCUGGCUGCGCCAGGUUUGUACUCAAAACCACAAAGCAUAAUGAAAGCCUAAACAGAGAGGGUUACGGCCACUGAAUGUUGGUGUCCCUCCCUGUCCAUCCUCCCUAACAGGAGCUACAGGAUGCAGAGUUCAUCCCAAUGCCAGAGGAUUCCAGAGGCUGCAUACCUGGCCCACUGGCUCCUUCGUUCUCCGAGAGCGUCACACUGCCCUACGAUGAGCUGCAGGAGCUGAAGGCUGCAGCCGCUGCUGCCGCCACUGAGAAAGGCCUCUCGGUAAUGACCAGCGCAUUUCUGUAGUCUCGACACCUGACUACAUCCCCAUGCUAAUGUCUCAACCUAACCAUGUGUUAUUUCUUUAGACCGCUCGUAUGGGCUGUGACAGGGUCAACAGGUUGGAGGAGGCAGGAACCUGUAAGAAAGGGGAGGCGCCAACUUGCUGCAGAGCAAGCAAUGAGGUAGCAGAGGUACAGUUGAAGUCGGAAGUUUACAGACACCUUAGCCAAAUACAUUCAAACUCAGUUUUUCACAAUUCCUGACAUUUAAUCCUAGUAAAAUGUCUCUGUCUUAGGUCAGUUAGGAUCACCACUUUAUUUUAAGAAUGUGAAAUGUCAGAAUAAUAGUAGAGAGAAUGAUUUAUUUCAGCUUUUAUUUAUUUCAUCACAUGUCCAGUGGGUCAGAAGUGUACAUACACUCAAUUAGUAUUUGGUAGCAUUGCCUUUAAAUUGUUUAACUUGGGUCAAACAUUUCGGGUAGCCUUCCACAAGCUUCCCACAAUAAGUUGGGUGAAUUUUGGCCCAUUACUCCUGAUAGAGCUGGUGUAACUGAGUCAGGUUUGUAGGUGUCAGGGCGACGUGUAUGCUGUAGGCGAAGUCAAGAGCAGGACACCGAGCUACUGGCAGAACUUUUACUAGAUACUAGUGCAACAAAACAAAGUACACUGGCAACCUCGAACAGCGAGGGAAAAUAACAAAACCCGCACACAAGGGCAACUGCCGCAAAGACCAAAACAAUAACGCACAAUACACAAUGAGACACAGAGGGUAUUAAAGGGAACACAAUCAAACAUAAUGGGAAACAGGUGUACACAAUAAAGACUAAACAAGACAAACACCGGAACAUCGAUCGGCAGCAGAUAGUACUCCGGGGACGACGAACGCCGAAGCCUGCCCGAGCAAGGAGGAGGAGCAGCCUCGGCUGAAUCCGUGACAGUAGGCCUCCUUGCUCACACAUGCUUUUUCAGUUCUGCCCACAAAUAUUCUAUAGGAUUGAGGUCAGGGCUUUGUGAUGGCCACUCCAAUACCUUGACUUUGUUGUCCUUAAGCCAUUUUGCCACAACUUUGGAAGUAUGCUUGGGGUCAUUGUCCAUUUGGAAGGCCUAUUUGCGACCAAGCUUUAACUUUCUGACUGAUGUCUUGAGAUGUUGCUUCUAUAUAUCCACAUAAUUUUCCUUCCUCAUGAUGCCAUCUAUUUUGUGACGUGCACCAGUCCCUCCUGCAGCAAAGCACUCCCACUCCCCAGCAAAGCAGUCUGGCUUUUUAAUGGCGGUUUUGGAGCAGUGGCUUCUUCCUUGCUGAGCGGCCUUUCAUGUUAUGUCGAUAUAGGACUCGUCUUACUGUGGAUAUAGAUACUUUUGUACCUGUUUCCUCCAGCAUCUUCACAAGGUCCUUUGCUGUUGUUCUGGGAUUGAUUUGCACUUUUCGCACCAAAGUACGUUAAUCUCUAGGAGACAGAACACGUCUCCUUCCUGAGCGGUAUGACGGCUGCGUGGUCCCAUGGUGUUUAUACUUACGUACUAUUGUUUGUACAGAUGAAUGUGGUACCUUCAUGUGUUUGGAAAUUGCUCCCAAGGAUGAAACAGACUUGUGGAGGUCUACCAUUUUUUAUUCUGAGGUUUUAAUGACUCCAACCUAAGUGUAUGUAAACUUCCGACUUCAACUGUAUGUGCAAGAUAACCCCUUACACACAUUGUAACUGUAAAUUGUUCUGUGUUUCUCUGUAGUUGUUGCCAUUUUCUUUUACAGUUGCGAGAGAAAGUCAAUCGUUAAGAGGCAACGAUCCAGUUGUUACAGAAGCAGGUAAGCAUUACUUACUAUAGACUAGUGGUGCGCAGGUCAGCUGUUUGUUCACCUGCACCCGCCCACAAUUGCUAAUAAUCCAUCCGCAACCUUCCGACUACAUCUGAUAAAGUGAAAAUCUGAGGCCCCGCACCUGACCCUAACCCACAAAUAUCUAAAAUGCACUGUAGGCUACAGGUCAGAGAAGGCAGAACAAUUUUUACAUGGGGUGGAGGAUUGUUUUUUGCCUAAUUUAAAUAUGUUUCUGCUUAUAAUUUCCGACAUUUUCGUAGGCUAUUUGUUAGUCAACAUGUCUGUAAUUAGAUACAUGCAGCUUCUCCUCUGUCAUUACAUGUUGCCCUUGAAGACUAAAUAAAGCCUUGCUCACCAGAAUAAUGUCAUAAAUGGUAGAAUGAAUGCUUCAAUCUAGUUGACAUUGGUAAAGUUUUCUGUCAUCUCUGCUUCUUUCGCAGAGCAAACCAAACAUGUUUCUGAUAAGAUUUCAGUCCCGCUUGGAUGCAUAUUUUAUGUUGUUGAAAUACUAUCAACUUGUAUGAUGAUGAUUAAGAUAGGACCUCUACAGACUGUCCCUAACUGCACAUUCGCAUUAUUUCAAGAUGCUGAAAGAAAGAGAUCGUAUUUCUCCACUCCUGUUAAUAUUAAGACUAUGUGAGAGGUUAUAUACCUACACAGUAGGCUACAGUUCCCUUGACGUGCCAUAGGCCUAUUUGAAGUCCCGUCUUGUGACUGUCGAAUUUGUAUACCACCUCACAAUCAGCACACAUAACAUAGGCACUACUAUCAUCCUCUUUUACAUCUUUCCCAAACAUGACUUUUCUGGCACCUCCCUUCUCUUUAUUUUCAACUCUCCAUUUCACAGCUUUUCUCUUAUUGAAUUAAACUCUGACAUUGGCCUUUUUGUCUCAGUGGAUCGACAUUAAAGUUUUCUGCCCAUUCCCAAAAGCUUUUGGUUUUGGCGUGUAGGCUAUAUGGCACGCGUAAAGUUAGACCCUAAAGCUUAGGCUUACACACUAAUGCCAGAUAGCCUAAAAAGAAUGAAAGAAAAACCUCAAUGUAGCCUAUAGACCUAGAUCACAGGAGGUUAGUGGCACCUUAAUUGGGGAGGACGGGCUCUUGGUAAUGGCUGGAGCGGAAUUAGUGGAAUGUUGUCAAAUACAUCAAACACAUGGUUUCCAUGUGUUUGAUGGCAUUCCAUUGACUCCGUUCCAGCCAUUAUUAUGAGCCGUCCUCCCCUCAGCAGCCUCCACUGGCCUAGAUAUAAAUUGCACAAGAAUUAUACAUUUAUUGAUUUGUUUCUGUAUUUUCUCUUUAUUCAACCCAGCACCUGUAGUGAUCCCUGUAAGCAAACUUGUGUAGUAACACUGUGAUUCGAGUCCCUAUUCUAGAAAUGUGUAAAACCGAUGAACUCCAUUGCUAUGCAGACAGAUAAGUGUUAUCAAGUGUUGUUCUCUUUGAUAACAGUUCAGUGACCAGCUCAAAGAGAACGAGAGACUCUGGACAGCAAUCAACCGUCUGACCCUGCGAGAGGCAGGAACUGAAAAAAACAGCAACCACCAAUCCGGUCACAGGCCUGUGGAGGGACAGGGAGGAGCCUCCAACCAUGAUGGGGACAGAUCUGCAGGGGCAAAUCCGUGA